UAAUUCUAACUGUCUGCUACAAAUUACCGAGAAUAGCAACAAUCAAAAUGUAAAAGGAUUUGCUAGUUGCAUAAGCAUUAAAUAUCCCAAAUAUAUUGCCUUUGAUGUAAACACAGACCUAUAUAGAUGUAGCUGAAUGGGUGUAAAUUUGAAAGAAACAUCUGCUGUAGAUGUGUUGAACACUACUGAUAUAUCACUCCCUUCUCCUCUGACAAAGACCGGUAAAAAUGGAGAUGAACAUUUCCAUGUUGAGGAGCAUAAACUUAAUUCUAAGGUCCCUAACCAUAACAAGAUCAUCACAUCUUUGGUGGCGGGAGCAGUAGCAGGUGCUGUAGCCAAAACUGUAAUCGCACCGUUAGACAGAACAAAAAUAAAUUUCCAGGUAUCGAACAGACGAUUUUCUUUUAAAUCAGCAUUUAAGUUUAUUUUCCAUACAGUAAAACAUGAAGGUUUUAUAUUUCUAUGGAGAGGCAAUUCUGCAACAAUGUUGAGAAUUGUUCCGUAUGCUGCAAUACAAUACACAGCCCAUGAACAGUAUAAAAGAAUGCUAAACAGAAAUAGACGGAAAAAGCAUUUACCGCCACAUUUGAGGUUCUUAGCUGGAUCUUUAGCUGGUAUAACAUCCACAUCCUUAACAUAUCCUCUGGAUCUAGUCAGGGCCAGGAUGGCUGUCACAGAGAAAAACCUGUAUUCUAAUUUAUUUCAAGUGAUUAUGAAGACAUAUCGUCAGGAAGGAUUCCGUACAUUAUGGCGAGGGUAUCUACCAACAGUUCUAGGCUCAACUAUGUACUCAGGGACUAGUUUCUUCACGUAUGAAACACUGAAGAAAAAUCAUGCAGAAUAUGCUAAAGGAGAAGAGCCAAAGCCAUUUGAGAGAUGGUGUAUGGGUGCUGUAGCUGGGUUUGCUUCACAAUCUCUAUCUUAUCCAUUAGAUAUCGUUAGACGACGGAUGCAAACAGCUGGUUGUACGGGUCAUGUCAAUGACUACACUGGUAUUUGGGUAACAGCCACAAGUACGUACAGAGAAGAAGGAAUUAUACGAGGUUUAUAUAAAGGACUUAGUAUGAACUGGAUCAAAGGACCGAUAGCUGUAGGAGUUAGCUUUACAACAUUUGAUAUAACAUUACAAUGGCUACGAGCACAAACUGUUUUCCACAUAGAUGAAGAUUAAUUUGAUAAAUAUUUUAGGUAAUACAUUUGUAAUAUAUGACUGCUGAAGUGGUUCCUUUCCACUUGACUUAACCAGAAUAAAAUUGAUAGUGUAAACAGUGAACCAUCUCUUAUUGUUUUGGAAAUAUUUUUUCACUCUAAUGAUGGAUUUAAAUUGACAUAUUUCUGGUCCUGAGUUCAAUUUAAAUGCAAAAAAAAAAAUGGGUGUUGAGGGUUUCUCAAAAAAGAAUUUUAGGUUCCAUAUGUUGAGAUAUAUAGGGAGAAAAAAAGGGGGGGAGUUGUCAUGAUAGAUGUUUAAAACCAGUAAAAUAUACAUAUCAUUUUAGCAUAAGUGCUAAUUGUAAUCUAUAUACUAAUGAACAAAUGACAAGGAUAAAUUUGGUUUGAUUUCCAUAGUCUUUCUUAUAUUGUAGAACAAUGAAUAUGUAGUUACCUAGGCAAGGACCAGCUCUAAGUAAGGGUGGGUAGGGAAAUCCUAAACACAAAUAUAUUAUUUAUUUGUCCCAGGUCAAAAAUAUAAAUAAAAAGGCAUUAUUGUGAACACAUGUAAACAGAGCUUACUUUAUCUGAUUUGUCUUCCCUUAGUACAUUUUUACUUAAUUUUCAAUGUUAUUUUGAUGAUUUAAUUUGACAAUGUUAUUAUAACUUUCUGUUGACUCUUAAAGAGUUAUAUUCCGUAAUUUUUAUUAAUGAAAACCCUUAAAUUAUUUAUUGAAGUAAUAGCCAGAGCACAUUAAUGAUCCACAAUAGUUUAGAUAAGGCACUGAAUACCUCACUUUACAAACAAUGCACAAUUAUUUUUUUUUUUCUCCUUUUUCAUAAUCAAAAAUUAAGAAUUUGGUUUGGUUAGACUGCAGGGUGUAUCAAUGUUUACUUAUUUGACAAUCAACAUUAAAGAACAAUAGAAAAUGCUUUUAAAUUAACUGUCAUAAAUUUGCAAGUAGUUUUUUCUCACAGACUAUUUACAUUAACUUUAUAAUGAGGUUCAUCUAGCAGGCGCAUUGAUACAUGUAUAUUACUGAAUGUUAACUUUUUGUAAUUUGAACCUUUUCCAGAGCAGUUCAAACAAAAAUUUGUGUCUGCACAUCUGAUAUUUUUUAAAACAAUUUUUUAUUUAUUAUAAUUAGAAUUUAAACCAGUUAUACAUUACAUAUACAAUGAAGCAACAACAAUCUUGUCGACUCAUCUUUUAUUGCAUAUUGUAGUUUUUGUAAUAAUCAAGUUAUUCAACCCUUAUUGUGUAAAUCUUAUUACUUAAAAACAGUUCAAAUUAGAUACUUAAAUGCAUUCAUCUAUUUUCAUGAAUAUCUGCAGAAUAACCUCAGUUUGUUUUUGAUGCAUUCAUCAGUAUUUGAGCUCCAAAAUUCAAAACUUGUAUGUAUAAUUGUUUUGUUGUACAGUAGUUUAUUUGAUGCAUUUUUUUUGGUGGAUGUAGCGAUUUUUACCUCAAUAUUUACUGAUAAUGAGUCUUGUUUUUUCUGCAAAAAGAUCAUUAUUUUUGUUUCUUGUCUCCUUUUUUUUUUCGAAGGCAUUAUGCUCACUUAGAAUCUUUUUUACAUCAUUAACAGGAUUUUGAAGUUAAAUCUCUUCAUACUCCUGAGAAAAACUAACAUAUGUUAGGGGUCUAUGACUAUACCAUCACAUUUAAACUUUUUUCUACCUACCAACUAACUUAAAUAAGAAGUAACAUUUCUGGAAAAAUUGAACAUUAUUAUAUUGAAAAAUAAAAUUGAUAUGACUUGACAUUAUGUACAUGUAUCAUUUUUGUCUUUAGUGUUCAUACCAAUUUGAUAAAUUGACAGUUUCUGCGUCCACUUUGUUACAAGAAUCUGACAACACUCUUUUCUACUGUCUGAUUUGGUUGUUAUUACAUCAGCCAUAAUAAAUCUGCCUAGAAACUCUAAGAAAUUUUUAUCAGUAAAUCAGAGGGAUUACAAAAGAUUUUUAAAAUAGAGAGUAGAACAGAGCGUUGUCAGGUUCUUGCUGGUGAAGCAUGGGCACAGCGUUUGUAUUUAAUCAGAUUCAUUGUUUUUAUUCCGAAUGCUUUGAAUUUUUGCUUUAGCUAUUUUCAGAUAGUUGUGUUCUAAAUAAAAUACAACAUAAAGUUACACAAUUUUUUGUAUUUCUAGUUCAACAUUAAUCUUCAUUUCAUUUAAAAAAAACUUCAAAAGAAAUCCAUAAUUGUUCAUGUAAAUCCGUUAAAACUUUUUUUUAAUUGAUUGUCUUUCAGACAGACAAUUUCUAUGCAUGUUAAAUCAAAUUUUUUGUAUAAUUAUUACCAUAAAAUGAUAAAGCAGAGGUACAACUUAUUAGUCAUUAUAACAUAUAUUAUAAACAAAAAGUUGCUGCUGAAAAUGUGUGAACUGUUGACCGCUGGAUGUCCAGCAAGUGUCAGAUUUUAUAAUUCAUAUAUUAUAAUAUACUAGGGAAAAUAAUAAAAAUAUGUUUAUAGUAUAACUCUGUCAGAUAAUGAAUAUUUCAUAAUUAAAACAAAAGAAUUAUAAAAUUUAAUUUGAAUAAAAAAUUAAAAAAUAAACAAAUGUAGGUAUAAACUAUAGGGCAGUCCGACUGAUCUUUUUUUCAAUUAUAAUUCCUGUGAAUGUUAGUUAUGAAGUUAUGGAUGUUUUGUAUGAUAGUUUUACUCUGGCAGUGAGCCAAGCAAGCAGCGAGGCUUCUUCUUUAAUGCAGAAAAACUCCAAGUUACUGUAAAUUCAGAAAUUAUUGUGUGCAUUUAUUAUUGCAUGCAUUAAUGAUUGCAAUUUUGUCGAUUUUGACUUUAAUGCGAUUUUAAUUUUUACGUUUUUGAGAAAAAUCCUGUUUAAUUCAUACAAAAUAUUUCAAAAUGUGACUAUUGCGUUUACAACUCUGUCGCAUUUUUCGCCA